AUGAACGUUUCUCGAGCUGCUCUCAGGCGGGCUGCUAUCCGCUCCCAAGUCCGCCAGCCUAUCACCACUUCCCAGCGUCAAUGGGUUCGCUACGCCCACGACUAUGGCAGCGAAUAUUCUGAGCCUCCCUCAAACCGCGCAGGCAAACUUAUCAGUCUUACAGCUGUCUUUGGCUUGGCUGCUGCUGGAGUUUACCUUUAUCCUAAAUUGACUGGAACAUCCGCCUCGGCUGCUGAAGAUGAGAAAAAUCAAGCUCCAGUCAAGGCUGAGAUCGAGUUUGAGAAGCCUCGCAAGAAGGUCAAAUCCAAGGAAGAGAAUCGGGAUCUUAUCAGCUCACAACAUGCUCAAGUCAAGCAUAGCUGGGAGCACCCCGGAGUCUAUGCAUGGGGUUCCAACGUUGGCAAGGUCAUCGAUCCGAAAUCUAGUGAAAAAUAUGUCAAAGCACCUCGAAGGAUAUCCUACUUUAACGACCAGGUCCUUCGAGAUCUCAAAUUGACGUCCAUCUUCGGUGCAGCCGUUACUGAGAAGGGUGACUUGGUUCAAUGGGGUCUUGGCUACAACCAGAAGGACCCUUCCCCAGUUCCCACACUUACAGGCAAGGACAUUGUCAAGAUUGAUGUUUCACUAGACCGAAUCAUCGCUCUAUCGCGAAAGGGUGAUGUCUAUUCCAUUCCAGCGUCUCGCAAUGACCAGGAAGGUGGCCUGAAGGAGGAACAGCAGAAAUCUUCCUGGUCUAUCUGGGGAUCUGGUGGCGCGCGGGAGAACAUCCAUUUCCGCAACUUGACACCAUCCACUCUCGCAUAUGGCGAAAGCGUGAAGGACAUCAGUACCGGACAGGAACACUGUCUUAUGCUUACCUCAAAGGGACGUGUUUUCUCCGCUGCGGCUAGUGCUCUCGAGUUUCCUUCCAAGGGACAGAUGGGUGUUGCUGGCUUGACCUGGCACAACAGGCCUAAGGGUCCUUACGACCAGCCUCACGAAGUUACUACUUUGAAAGGAUUCGAGGUAUCGCAAAUUGCUGCUGGCGAUUACCACUCUGCUGUUCUCGACAAGACUGGACGUAUCUUUGGAUUCGGUGACAACUCUUUUGGACAGUUGGGCAUUGAUACCGACUACGGUCUCUCAGUUUCAGAAACCCCAGUUAUGCUUCCUACAAAUAUGUCAUAUGCCAGCACCGGGCUCAUACCAACGGUUACAUCUAUAGCAGCAGGCGGAAACAACACUUUCUUCACUGUGGACGCAAAGGCCUCUACAGUUCCUGGCAGCAAAAAGGCUCUUGCCCCAGCAAGAAGGCUCCCGCCUGUGACCACGGACUUGUGGGCUUGUGGCCAAGGAGUUUACGGAACAUUGGGUACCGGUCGAUGGUCGCAUGUAUCUGCUAAGCCGACCAAGGUGAAGGGUCUCUCGUCUCUUUUCGAGUUUGACGAGAAGACCAACACGAUGUGUCCUAUUAGGCUCAAGUCCCUGUCAGUUGGCGCUACCCAUUGCUCGGCUAUCAUGGACAACGUGACCGAGUUGUCGAUAUCGAGCCAAGGUACAGAGAACGAGACCAACUGGGGUGCCGAUGUCGUAUUCUGGGGUGGCAACGAGCACUUCCAGCUUGGCACUGGUAAGAGAACCAAUUUGAAUGCGCCAGCGUACAUCGCGGCUCUGGACAGUCCCGCAGAUGCUCGUAAGGAAGGCACAGAGGGUUUUCAUCGGCUGUGCGUCACUCCUCGCAAAACAGUCCGCUUGGAUGGUGGAAAGGGCCGAAAGGUAUCUUUGGAGCAAAAGGUCGAGUGUGGCAAGUAUGUGACUGGCGUUUACUCUGCCGUUUAA